AUGCUCAAGUUGAUACCGCGAAGAGGAAAAUUCAGUUUCCCGAACGCGAGAUGCCUGAGCAGCGCCGGACCUCCGCGCCCGGAGGGCCCCUUGUUUCCCAGACAGGACGAUUUCCCGGGAAGGCACAUCGGCCCCAGGGCGGCCGACGUCAGCUCCAUGCUGGAUACAUUGGGAUUUAAGAGUCUAAACGAAUUAACUGAUAAAGCUGUUCCUAAAAGUAUUAGAUUGCAAGGACAUUUGAGCAUUGAGGACCCCAUAAGUGAAUACGAACUAAUCAAGCGCAUAAGUAAAAUAGCCGAGAGAAAUCAGAUAUGGAGGUCUUACAUAGGAAUGGGUUACCACAACUGCUGCGUACCGCACACCAUCAUGAGGAACAUCUUCGAAAACCCCGGUUGGACUACGCAGUACACCCCGUAUCAACCCGAGAUAGCUCAAGGCCGGCUCGAAGGACUCCUCAACUACCAAACGAUGGUGAGCGAUCUCACAGGUCUGGACGUGGCGAAUGCGUCGCUUCUCGAUGAAGGCACCGCCGCGGCUGAAGCUCUAUCGCUGUGUUAUCGCCACAACAAACGAAAAAAGCUAUACGUGUCCCACUUGUUACAUCCCCAGACCAUUUCUGUCGUGCAGACCAGAUGCCAAUCGUUGGGAUUGACCGUCGAGAUCGUGGACGUGUUCAAAGCCGAUUUCUCCGGACGAGAUGUCGCCGGGAUAUUGUUUCAGUAUCCGGAUACGGAGGGAAAUAUUCUCGAUUUAGAUGCUGUGGCUGAUGAUGCUCACGCUCACGGUACUCUGGUUUGUUGCGCGACAGAUUUGCUUAGUCUUACAAUUCUCCGGCCGCCGAGUGAAAUUGGAGCAGACAUUGCCAUAGGUACUUCCCAAAGAUUUGGUGUUCCAUUAGGUUACGGAGGGCCACAUGCUGGAUUCUUUGCUUGCAACCAAUCCUUGGUAAGAUUGAUGCCAGGCAGGAUGAUAGGAGUAACGAGAGAUGCUGCCGGUAGAGACGGAUAUCGUCUUGCUCUCCAAACUAGAGAACAACACAUUAGAAGAGAUAAAGCCACUAGCAACAUUUGUACUGCCCAAGCUCUUCUGGCCAAUAUGUCUGCUAUGUACGCUGUUUACCACGGACCCCAAGGACUCAAGGAUGUCGCAACGAAAGUACACAACACUACUUUGACUCUUCAUUAUGGUUUGCUACAAGAUGGCAAUAAAUUGACCAACAAGUACUUCUUUGACACAUUAAAAGUGUACCCCAAAAUCAGCGUGGAAGAAGUGAAAACUAGAGCAGUAGAAAAGAAAAUUAACUACAGGUACUACAAAGAUGGAGCCGUCGGAGUAGCCUUAGACGAAACAGUCAGAUUAGAAGACAUCGACGAUAUAUUCUAUACAUUCGGUUGCGACCAAAGCACAGAUCAUUUAAUAAACGAGCCGAGUAUUAGAGACAAAGCACUGUACCGCAGCGACUACAAACGAACCUCUCCGUUCCUCACUCAUUCAGUCUUCAACUCCCAUCAUUCCGAAAGCAGAAUCGUCAGGUACAUGAAGGUACUGGAAAACAAAGACAUCUCCUUGGUGCACAGCAUGAUUCCCCUAGGCUCGUGCACGAUGAAACUUAAUUCCACAACCGAGAUGAUGCCUUGUUCCUUCAAACAUUUCACGGACAUUCACCCGUUCGCGCCCAAAGAACAAUGCAUGGGCUACCAUCAGCUCUUCGACGAGCUGGAGAAAGAUCUCUGCGCCAUCACCGGCUACGAUAGGAUCAGCUUCCAGCCCAACAGCGGAGCGCAGGGCGAGUACGCCGGCUUGAGGGCCAUUCAAUGCUACCACGAAGCGAUGGGCGAAGGGCACCGGGACGUUUGUCUGAUUCCAGUCAGCGCCCACGGCACCAAUCCGGCCAGCGCCCAAAUGGCCGGCAUGAAAGUGGAGCCGAUCAAAAUACGAAGCAACGGUUCAGUAGAUGUAGAUAACCUGAGAGCCAAAGCGGAACAAUUCCGCGACACUUUAUCCUGCCUGAUGAUUACCUAUCCAGCGACUAACGGGAUAUUCGAGGAGACUAUAGCGGAUAUUUGCAAGAUUAUACACGAUAAUGGGGGACAAGUGUAUUUGGACGGGGCGAACAUGAACGCUCAGGUGGGACUUUGUCGGCCAGGCGAUUACGGCAGUGAUGUAUCCCAUUUGAAUCUCCACAAAACCUUCUGUAUACCUCACGGCGGGGGCGGCCCCGGCAUGGGGCCUAUCGGAGUUAAGUCCCAUUUAGCGCCGUUCCUUCCAGGACAUCCCGUCGUGAAUCCGCUCGGAGAGGACGCUACAUCGUACGGGGUAGUCAGCGCAGCGCCGUACGGAUCGAGCGCCAUCCUGCCCAUUUCUUGGGCUUACAUUAAAAUGAUGGGCCCCAAGGGUCUGAGGAAAGCCACGCAAGUGGCCAUCUUGAACGCUAAUUACAUGUCCAAAAUACUCGAGCAGCAUUACGCGACGUUGUUCAAGUGUCCCAGUUCGAACUUGGUCGCCCACGAGUUCAUCAUAGACACCAGGGAGUUUAAGAAAACCGCCAACAUCGAAGCGGCCGAUAUAGCGAAGAGGUUGAUGGAUUACGGUUUCCACGCGCCGACCAUGAGCUGGCCGGUGGCCGGGACAUUGAUGAUAGAGCCCACCGAAUCCGAGGACAAGCAGGAAUUGGACAGGUUCUGCGAUUCGCUGAUUAGCAUCAGAGAGGAGAUCAGAGAGAUCGAGGAGGGCCGAGCGGAUCCGAGAAUCAAUCCGCUGAAGAUGGCGCCGCAUACGCAGGAACAGGUCAUCAGCAGCACCUGGGAAAGGCCGUAUUCCCGAGAACAGGCCGCUUUUCCGGCGCCUUUUGUUAAACCGGCCACGAAAAUCUGGCCGACGGUCGCUCGAAUCGAUGAUAUAUACGGUGAUAAACAUUUGGUAUGCACGUGCCCACCCAUACUGGAUCAAUACAACUAUUAG